AUGUCAGAUACACUGGAACCAAAAUAUGAAUGUUCGAUAUGUGCGAAAAGAUACAAGCGACGCGAACACCUCUUCCGCCACAUCAGUUCCCACACCUCACAGCGACCACAUCAAUGCACGUCCUGUGAUGGAUCAUUCCAGCGAGCAGAUGUGCUUAAACGUCACAUGCGAACCUGCGAUGGGGGAAAUUCAAGACCAUCAAACAGACGACGGGCCUGUGAUCGCUGCGUGCGUCAGAAAAAGGCCUGUAGCGCACAUCAACCAUGUCACAGUUGUGCGAAAAAGGGGGCCCAGUGCUGGUAUCCCACGGAUACUGGGUCGUCAUCGCGAUCUCAAGCAAGUGUCGAGGAGGAAACGCCGAGAACAGAGAUCGAGUCGUCGAUGUUGGGUCUCGCCUCUCCCGCGAAUCCGAUGAUGCCAUGGGGAUUCACGGCCAACGAGCUACAGAAUUUCGGAAUGAGUCCACCAGGAACAAUAUUCAGCUCAGGAUCUACAAAUUUCAAUGACUGGCCAGGAUCUCCUGGAUUAGCAUCUGAGAGACUAUCGAUUUUCGAACCCUCCAUAUCAACCGAAGACUCACGACAAUCACUGCGCUUCCUAGGCAAAUUCACCAGCAACACCGGCCUAGUAUCGAGCUUUGAUUGCGGAACACAUGCGCAGCGAGAACAACUAUCCGCGGAACUAGACCGACACAUCGCAUUCCAACUCCAGCAGAGAAUCAUGUCAUUACCAGCCCUCGGCAUGAACGUUCCAUCCCCAACAAUUUUAGAAGCAAUCAGCGAUACAAAUUCCGACGAAUUCCCACUCGACUGGUUCAAUGAUCCGCUAUCUUUGAAAACGCACGAAAUCCUCCUCCUCAUCGAAGAAGUCGUGACUAUCAAACCGCGGAAUAGUUCCGUCACUCUAGAUUGGUCCCCCGGGCUGAAAUGCGCAUGUCUACAAUUCUUCUCGCCCUCAAAUCUGAGAAGGUUCCUGGGCUUCUAUUGGGCGAUUUGGCAUCCCAAUGUCAAUUUCGUGCAUAGGCCGACUUUUGAUCCACUGGCGGCGAAGCCGACGGUCCUCGCUGCUAUGGCUUUGAUUGGGGCGUGCGUAUCGCCUGAUAUGCCUGAGAAUGAAGAUGCGAAAACUUGGUUCAAUUGUGUCGAGGAGAUGGUCUUCAUAGAUGAUGAUUUCAACAGCGAUAUGACGUAUCCGCCUUGUGGGAGUAUGGCUAGUCAGAGGCGCAAGAUCCAAGCGUUGCAGGCUGCUUAUAUCGUCUGUCUUUAUCAGAAUUGGGAGGGCACUGACGCGAGCAAGAGUCGUAUCAGGCGGGAUAUUGGAAUCACGUCAGCCAGACAUUUGAAUUACAGCGAGCAAGGCCGGCACGAUUUCGAAUGGAAGGAAUACGCAGCCAGAGAGGAGUUAAUACGUGUUUUCACAUGGAUAUAUCUACUAGACUCGGCAUUUGUGAUUUUCAACAAUCUACCCCCGAGAAUGCUCGUCAAAGAGAUGAGAUUGCACAUGACAACACCAGAAGCGUGUUUCCAAGCCCGAACAGCAGAUCAAUGUCACGAGCAGAUCCAACUAUUCCUCCCAAACACAAGCCUCUAUUGGUCGAUAUCAUUCCGAGGUGCAUUCGAAUCGCUAUGCAAAGAUGAUCCUUCAACCGAUAUCCACCACCUCCUCGCCACAUUGUGUCCUCUGAACCUGUUCGCAUUGACAUCCGGUACGUUUCCUUGCAACACCAUCUCGGCAUAUCUAACAUCCCCAGCCAUCCACUCGCAGAUCUUCCAGCUUCGCAGCGUAGUAGGCAGCUCCCAGCUCCUCACCCCGAUCCGCAACGCUCUGACCAAUUGGCGCGAUAUCUGGCAAUCCUUCUCCUCAAACUUUCCCCAGGGAAUACCGCCGCACAUGACAAUCGAAGAUCCUCACAUCCAACCCGCAGACUUAUGGACCAGGAUGGGAUUCUGUCGCUACGCCCCAGAGUACUGGCUCCUAGCCCAGCUGAUGGCGGAUCGGCUCGCGGUGCUAGGGACAUCACAGCAGGUAAAUGAAUUGGAACCACUGGAAGAGGGACCACUGGAUCCGAUCUUGAAAAAAUACGACCAAACCAGUAUGCGACAGGUGAACGAUUUGAUCAUGGGGUUCCAGACAUUUCAGAUCUGA